CGAGAAUUUUAAGUUAUUUCAUUCUCGUAGUGGUUUACUCUCUAUGGUUAAUGAGGGACCUAACACAAACCAAUCUCAAUUUUUUAUUACUUGCGCGCCUUGUCCCUGGCUCAAUGGCCGUAAUGUUGUUUUUGGGAAAGUUAUUCAAGGCUUCGAUGUCCUUAGUUUAAUUGAAAGUCUCGGAACAACUAACGGUCAUGUUCAUACACAUAUCAUUAUCUCCGAUUGUGGACUAUAUUUGAAGUAAUGUCAAUUUCAAUUAGAAGAAAGUUUGUUUUUUAAAUCCACUACUAUAAAAACUUAUUUUUAUUUCCCACUCCUCGAAAUUCGCUUUUAAUGGGUUUUAAAUCUUUUUUUAAUUUACAUUUAACGGGUGUUCAUGAUACGAAGAGUGUCGUGGAAAAAAGAAACUUUAUUUGAUAGUUGUCCAAGUGCAAAUAAAAAUUUUUGCUUCAUUUUUUUCAGAUUUUUACGUUUAAAACAAAAAAACAACUUUUUCUCAAGUGUGUUUCGAAUAACUCUUUUUUUCUUGUUUGCGGGGCGGAGUGUAAGAAGACUAUAUAAUAUAAAAAAAGUGCGCAUGCACGUCUGGCUUAACAGAUUGGUUUAUGUUCUGUUGUUAAUGAUUCAGAGCACAAUCAAUGAUUUGUUUCAUUAAAUCAAGUUAGCAUACUUUUUCAGAAUUUUCUUCACUUAAACAUGAUGAUAUGACAACGCGGCUUUAACUAAACGCAUUAACAGAAACAAUAGUUGUUCUUUUUUAAUAAGUUUAAAACGGUCUGGUGUGAUUUUUCCACAUGUUUGACACUAUAUUUAUAACCAAGUUUCUCGAAAAAUUUUACAUAUGAGAGCCGUGUCUAAUUUAAUGGAGAAAAAAAUUACCAAUACUCAACAUCCUUCUUCAAAUACUUUUUUUAAUACUACAAAUUUUUCUUCAUCAACAUUGUCUAAGCAUUUACCUACGCCUCAUGAGACACCACUGCAUUCACCUUUUUUUCAACAUUAUUUAUAUCAAGCACAAUGUGAAGGGAUCCCGGCUUCAAAAGCAUUAAAACUUUGGUAUUCGAAAGCGGAAUUUUUUUCCCCUACAGUUGAAGCAUGUUUUCAAUUUUUAUUUGAAAUGGGAAAGACAAAAGAAAAAAUUAUUUCGGAAGUUUUUGACAUUCUCACCAGUGACUUUUUAAUGCAUGUUGAAAAAUUACCUUUAAUAGAAAAUGAAAAUUCGAGUCACGCAACUGAUUCCAUUAUCUAUUUUAUCGAAAACGUAUCCCAGUUCUUACAUAUUCCUAUUCUAAGGAAAAUAAUUCAAACUUUAUUAACAAGGCAACUCGGUAGUCUUUCUUUUUUUUUGAAUCGAGACAUUUUGGCUUGCAUGGAACUACCUGAAUUUCACAACUAUUCUAAAUUAACAUUAUUUUUGUUUUCCAAAUCUUCCAUAAAGCAAAAGAUAUUAUCCAGUGUUGUGUUUGCAACACGAAAAACUCGACAAUGGAGUCUCUGGGAAAAUGUUGUUAAAAAUAUUGUUUCAUCUCUUGAACUUCCAGAUAACAAAGAAUUUUUACACUACUGUCGUAAUAUAUCUCCUUUAGAAUUGAGGAUACUGGUUUGGCCAAUGUUAAGUGAUUGGCUUGUUGAAGAAUUUUUGAAUAAACUUUCUUCAAUGUGUCUUGAAGUGUAUCUUUUGAAUAGUGAGCCAAUAAUAAAAAACUUUGACUAUUUCGAACUGGAAAAAAUCAAUAUUGAAUUGGAAACCAUUGAAUGGGUAUGUUUUUUAAUAUCAAAGUCACUCUUUUAUUAUCAACUUCUUGUUAUAACAUUAGAGUUUAUCUAUUUAAAUACAUGUCAGGAGUUUACUUUUAAGAAGUGCUUUUUGAAAAAAAGUUUAUCUCAUAUCACUACAAAUACUAAGACAGACAACAAAAACUACACUACUGUACCAAUCGAGGAGCUUUGUUUGCGAAUAUGUCAAAAAAUACAAGGGCUUGAAUAUUUGCUUCCUUGUGUUCAUGUCGUGGUAUUACGACAGCUAUCUAAAAUUUAUGGAGUAUCUUAUGCAAGAAGUGUUGAUCCACUAGCAUUUAAUUUUAUUACAUUAAUGGAUCGUCUUGUUCUGGCGUCCUACCCUAAUAACAAAUGUUCCGCUUUCACAAAUAAUAAAAUAAUCGCUGCACAAAACUCUUCUUUUUUCUAUAAUCCAUUAGAAAACCAACAAGAUUCACAACAAAUCAAUACAUAUAACUCAACAAUUUUUGAAUCAACCACUGAAUGCUUACGAUUUUUUGUGAUUCGAAGCUUCCAUGAUCUUCUUACAAUAUCUUUUCUUUUGUGCAACCCUACAUAUCAAAAGCUUUUAAUAAAACUUUUUAUAGAAUCGCAACCAGUUGAGCAAGACACAAGCAUGAAUCCCUGUCUACCAGGAGAUUUUUUCUUAGGUCUCGUUCUUCUUGGUUUAAGUUUUCCCCAUUGUCACUCUUUCGUAACAACAAUGUUAAACAAGGAGACAAAAGGAACACAACAUCAUUCUGGUGACUCAUCUCAUCAUUUGAAUAACCUUUUAUCCCGAACAUCUGAGGAAUUUUUCAUGAAGCGAGUCAAACCAACUCGUAAAAGACAGCGUAUUUGUAGUAAAAAAGUUUCCAACGCUACCACGUCGUUGGGAAAUCUCACCUUAGGGUAUUUAGCGACUCAAUUUUAUUGUAAUAAACAAUCACUUUUACCUACCUCUUUUUCAAACAUGUCACAACUCACAACCACAGAUUCCAUCACAUGUUUACAACUAUGUACUUUAAAAUGCAUUUUUUUAUUACAAAAUUUUUUUUGGCGGCGCAACCUCACUAAAAACGGCAAUACGUCACUUUUGUUCAAGUCAACAGUGUCGAGCGUUCAAAUGUAUAAAACUUCCAAAGUAUUGACUCCAGUGGAAUGGUUUAACCCUGAGCAAGCCGUACAACAAUCUUUCUCGUUAUCGUCAAAUACCAUAACUUCUUUUUCUCAUGCACUACAUGAAAUUUUUCAGCGUAACUCUUAUGAGGAAAGUGAAAAUAAUUCUUUCAAGCAGCACGAAAAAGAUAAUAAUGAUGAGCAUUCAAGAAAUUAUCAAAUGAAUACUUCUAUAGACUCUAAAGUAAUGUUGUUGAUUAUUUUAGGCUCAGUAGAAUCCUCUUGUCGCUUAACCCAUUUAAAAUCUUUUCCAUUACAAAUUUUUAAGCUUCUUCUAAAAAAAAAUCAACAAUUCAAAGUAUAUCCUCUACAUUGUACUACGUUUAUUGCACAUGCUGUUUUAAGAAAUGAAUUAGAACAUGUCAAAAUAAACCCUAGCUCUUCUCAAUCAGAAUAUAUUCGUUUAGUAUUACAUCACUGGACUUGGCCAUUUAAUAAUUGUGGUUUCGAGAAGUGUCAUCAGCAUCAUGUCAAACGGACUACAACUGGUGAUGAGAGCGUACCACACAUAGUGUUUUGGUCUUACUUAUUACGACUCGAUAUCUAUAUAAUGCUUAUCACAUUAUUCUAUCCUCAACUUCUGCAAAAAACAGAGCCUACAUUACCAAUUAUUGAAAGAAGGUAUGAUGGGAGCCAGUUAGGUCUGUUUUCAGUAUACAAAAAACAUGAUUUAGUUGUUUUAAUGAAGCAUCGGAACCAUCUUGAAUUUUCUUUGAGGUAUACAAAAAUUUUUUUAGAAGAUAACUCUUUAACAAAAACUCAACAGAGGUUUAUCGAAAAACUGCAAGAAAAGAUAUCUCUUUUAUUAACAUCCUUAAAUCAACUUAAUACUACAAGUAUUUGUUAAAUCUGAGAUUAUCUUGAAGAUUCAUGUGGAACGAAGCUUUACGCGUUUAUCAUGAAUUUAUUUAAGCAAUGGAUCAUGCUGAAACGUUUACGACUGUCAAUAAGGAAAAUCACAAUGAAACGAAAAAUGACAGUGAUAGUUUAAGUAUUAUUAC